AUGACUGCUUCAUGGCCUUUUAUGGCUUGGGGAAUGGACGUAAUUGGACCAAUUGAACUGAAGGCCUCGAAUGGAUGUAGGUUUAUCUUGGUAGCCAUUGAUUAUUUCAUGAAGUGGGUAAAAACAAUGACUUUUAAGUCUGUGACUAGUAAAACAGUAGUCAAUUUUAUUCACUCCAACAUCAUUUGUCGAUUCGACAUUCCAAAGAUAAUUAUCACAGAUAAUGCUGCGAAUCUCAACAGUCAUAUGAUGCAAGAAGUGUGUCAACAAUUUAAGAUUAUGCAUCUGAAUUCAACUCCUUAUCGCCCGAAGGCGAACGGUGCUGUGGAAGCUGCCAACAAGAAUCUAAAGAAAAUACUCUGCAAAAUGGUACAAGGAUCCCUACAAUGGCAUGCAAAGUUGUCUUUUUCUUUAUUGGGUUAUCGUACUACAAUUUGGACUUUAAUAGAUGCAACUCCUAACUCACUUGUGUAUGGAACUGAAGUGGUUAUACCUGCAGAAAGAUGUGACAUAGAGAAUUUGAAACCG